AUGUUUGCUACUGCUGAUUGUACAACUCAUUAUCCAGAACAGACAAUAUAUGAUAGUGAAUGGACUGAAAAUACACGCACUGGAAUAUCAUGGUUUAAUUUAUUAACAUCACAACCAAUUCCGGAAGAAACUGAUAGUAUUCAUGAUACUUGUACUCCUGUACAAAGUAAUCGACAAAGUAGUUGUUCAUCAUCAUCAUCAAUAGAAAGUUGUUAUGUUGUUCUUGAAAUUCAACGAAAUCGUUCAGUUGAAGAAAUACCAAAUCAGGUUGAAAAAGAAGAAGAAGAAGAAGAAGGAGAAGAUGAAGACGAAGACGAAGACGAAGACGAAGACGAAGUACAAGAAACAGAAGAAGCUGAAGAAGAACAAGUACAAAAAGUAGAAGAAGAAGAAAAAGAAGAAGAAGAAGAAGAAGAAAUAGAAGAAGAAAUAGAAGAAUUAAAUUUUGCUCAAACAAUUAGCGAUGAUAAUCAUAAUGUAUACUAUGAUCAAUUUGCUAUACCAAUGAUAACAGAGAAACCUAAGGAAGAAUAUAUUGUUAAAUAUAAACAAGAAAAAUUUAUUCCUGUUGAAGAAUAUGCUACAGUAAAUGAACCUGUUAUACACGAAAUAUCAACUGAUAUGCUUUUUGAUAAAGCUAAAACAUUGAGUAAAUUUACUAAACGAAUAAAAGCAAUGUCUUAUGCAUCAAUAAAAGAACAACAACAUUAUUCACCAUCAUCCGAUGAUGAAUCAAUGAAUAUAACAAAACUUAAAACAAUACGAAAAGUAAAUGAAUAUCAUCCAAUGGCUAUUCCAACUGUAACAUCUGAACAACAAUCAAAUAUACAAUAUUCAAAUUCAUCAUAUUAUUCAACAACAAGUCUUGAUUCAAUUGAAAAUAAAUCAUUAUCAUCAUCACCAAUUUCAAAACGAAUUACAACAACAUUUUCUAACUUAUCAUCUCAACGUACAUCAAAUUCAACUCAAAUUCAACGAAUAGGUCCAACAAUGGGUACAACAACAUUAACACGUACAUUUGCAUUUGAUCGUGUUUGUAUGGAAAAAUAUGGUCGAGAACAAGAACAAGAAAACAAAUUCAUUGAAACUCCACUUAGAUCAAAUACUGAAAGUAGUAUUAAAAAAAGAAUAGACUUAUCAAACAAAAAAAAAGAACAAACUGAACAACUUUCACGUUCUAACAAUACACUUAAUCGUUAUUCAUGUAUUGAUACAAUUCCAGCAUCAUUCUAUAUCGAUAAUGAAUUAAGUGCAAUAGAGGAUUCAGAAUUUGAACAUCAUUCAACAGUUCCUUCUUCAAUACCUAUGUCAAAUAGUCAAUCAAAAGCAUCAUCUAUUUUAUGUUUAAUGAAAAAAUAUGCUCGAACAGUUAAAUCUGAUUAUCGUUUAACACAUAAUAAAAGUAAUGGUAAUCUAUCAUCAGAACCAACAUUACUUCAAGUAAAAUAUCUUGAUGGUAGAGUUCCAUUAAAUGAUAAUCAAGCUCGAGAAUCAGUUCGAAAAAAUUCAAAAUUAUCUGAUUCAAUAGCUAAUCGACUUAAUCGACUUAGUUUACAUAAUAUGUCUUCAACACAAGAUUUAUCAUCAACAUCAACAACAUUUUAUGCGUCAUAUCGAAAACGAGUGUUGAAUCGUUUUCGUUCUUUUGUAGAAAAUAAUUUCAAUGAACCGCCAUCAUCACCAUCAUCAUCAGUACCGCAAUCAAGACCAUGGCAACAUAAAACAAUUAGCGAACUUCUUAGUGAAAAAAAAUAUACAGUUAAUCGUCAUUGA